AUGAUUUUAGAAUUAAUUUUCCUAUUAACAGGUGUUCAAUCUAUUAUUCUCAAAUUCAAAGUUCCACCUGGUUAAUAAUAGUGCAUCAAAGACUCCGUGUCUUAAAACACACUCAUAUAUGGAAAUUAUGACACUACAUCCCUACAUUACAGUUUUACAUUGAGUAUAAUAAAUUAAUAGGAUUAAGAGUCAAUCAUUAUUCAGCAUGCAAAUGAUAUCAAUCAAUAAUUUCAUUAUGUAAUGGAAGAGUCAGGAGAAAUUUCUAUGUGCUUUGAAGUUGAGGAUUAUGCAGAUGUUACAAUUUUUAAUCUGUUUUAUGAAAGCGGUGCUGAAAUCUAUGACUAAGAUUUAUUGGCCAAAAAACAACAUGUUCUUAAUUUAAAUGAGACAUUAGAAACAAUGGAAUAAUUGCAAUAAGAUAUAUCAAGAGAAUAAUUGUUGAUUGUUGAUAGAGAAAAUAAAAGAAAACAUAGCUUUACCGAUAUUUAAACUAAAAUCAUAGGGUUUGCAGGCAUAACCUUUGGAUUGUUAAUUAUAGUGGGUGCUUGUUAAGUUAUAUAUGUCAGAAGAUUUAUAGUGUAUAAAAAAUUAGCUUGA